ACCUCUGAGUUUUGUUUGUUCCUGUGCUAACUGUCAGAAAUUUGACGAGCCCAGCCAUUGUCAAGGACCACUAAAUUCAUCGAUGAAGAGUAAAUAUUUAGGACAAGACGUGCUUCAUUUGAAUACGAAAGCUAGAGUCCUGUGAAAAGUUAAGACCAAGUAUACCUGUCGAGAUUAACACCUUCUGAAGAUGCACAUGCAUGUGUUCACGACAGUUCGGAGGUCUUGUGGGGACAGAUACUUUGUACAGAGCUAACCGCAGUGGAUUGAAGGUCAUUAUGUAGAGACAAUGAAGAGCGAAAUUUUCUUGGGCACAGAAAAUUUUUCUUUGCCACAAGGAGCCAUUCAUUCUGUGACGUGUUUGGAUCAGCUUAAAGCAACGUUAUCCCCGUUAUUUAGUUAUACAUUGCGCGGUUGACGCCUUGCGUUACAAGUAAUACGGUUUGCUGAGCUUGUCCCGGAGACCCCAGGAGUUUUACACAACAGUUCAAAUUGCUGGAUCGGGCGAGUGUUUCAUUGUUAACGAUCGAGAACUCGGUCGAAGAACUUCCGGCUGUGCUCGAAUACAGAGGAUGUGAAUUGCACUACACAAGUACUGCGUUUACCUCGGAAAAAAAACUACGAGCUAUUAUUACUGGUCAUUGAAGAAUUUUAGUUGUAUCCUAAAGGAUAAUUGGCGCUGCCAGCGAUCGCACAAUGAGUGAAAUUCGUAAAUCAGAAGGAUUCACCUUGUUGGUUCUCGAGAUUUUAAUAAUCAUAAUAAAUACUUUAGCAAUUAUUGUGAUUGUCCGUUUCAAACAGAAAUACAAUCCAGAUAUUUUGAUCUUCACAUUGGCCGUUGCAGAUCUGCUAAAGGCGCUUAUUCCACUAAACAUGACUCUGGUAGCAUACUUGAAGGGAAACGAAAUGAAGGAAGGGUCGCCAUCGUGCACGAUCUUUGGUUGGACAGCUUUUACGCUCAACUGUGGAAUAAUGCUCGUGAUGACAAUAAUGGCUAUUGAUAGAUAUGUUGCGAUGUGUAUGCCUUUUAGGUACAAGGAAUAUCUCCCGAAAAGGCGACUUAUUUACAUUAUCAUUGGAGUCUUCGUCUUCAGCGGAGCCCACUCCUUGUUGCCUUUAACAGGGGUUGGUAAAAUGAGGUCUUAUAGCAACGGUAGCUUUUGCCACUUUGACUUCGAUUCCACGAAACCUGCUAGUAUGGGUUACAGUAUCUUUAUUCUUGUCCUGGGGUUUUCGAUGCUAGUUGUUGUGAUAUUUUGCUACACACGUGCCAUGCACAGCGUCAAAGGAUUAAUGCGUCGUCAACGCGGAAUGUCCACUUCAACAAAUGAUAUAGACGGCGCAGACAAGAAACGACAGCAGAUGAACCGAAUGUUCGCUCGUCUUAUGAUUGUUAUGAUGGUGGCCUUCUGUCUUUCGUGGCUUCUCUUCUUGAUCGUCGUUCUUCAGCACGUGAGCGGCUGGUUCGAAAUCCCUCCUUUAGCACAUUUCUGGUCAAUGCGGUUAGCUGUUGUAAACUCGGUCUUAAACCCGAUCAUUGGUGCAGCGAUGUGCAAGCCGUACAGGAGAGGAUACUUGUUUAUUAUAGGCGCAUGUCUUCGCUGCUGCUGUGGCUGGCGUUAUAACCUGAAAGAUCCAUGGAAAAGUGCAAGAAGGUUGUCCGCUUGCUCACGGAACGGCUAUGAAAGAGAUCAAAAUGAACCAGGUAAAAGCAACAAAAUCAGGAACGUACCCUCUUUUACCAGUUAUCAAGAUUCUGGAAUUGUACCUGACAGCAAUGAGUAUGGAGGAAGCUACGGGUAUCAACAGGCUGGAAUUGUGAAUGCUACUUAUGAACUGGAUAAUACCCCCGCUAUACAUCAUGCCAAAACACUGCCCAGACUCACCCGGAAGCGCAUCUCUUUCAAAGAUGAGGUGGUGUCGGAAAGGGUAACAGAAAUGGUCAUUGGGGGAGAGGCGCAGAACGAUACCAUGGGAACAGUCGACUCACAGCAGUUCUCCACUGCAUCUUCGGCUGAUAUUGAAAGAAAUCUACCGCCCGCUGGACCUGAUGAUGACUUCCAAGGUACUAAAAAUGAAUGCAGCCUCAAAAAUACCUCUGAUGAAACCCAUCUAAUUGCAAUGUCUGUGGGCACUGAAAGUGCAAUUCAAGUUAGUUCAAAUGAGAAGCAGAGGAGAAAUCGAGAUACUUCAGUAGGAAGCAAAGAAAAAUCAACAAAGGACACUUCAACCAACAGUCUCUACAACAACGAAAGAGGAACGUAUUCACAUGGACACAUGGAGUCAAUGAAGGAAAAAACUGCAGAAAAUUAUAGGAACUCAGCGAAGGGCUCUUACCAGGAGCAAUCACGACAACAUUCACCUGCCCACACAAUUCAAAUCACUCAUUUUCCAGUUGACACGAACUCCAAUAUAAAUACAGCAACGUUGAAAUCAUCCGUUUUAACUGACAAGCAAACCUCAAAAUCCCCCUCCGUUUUCUUGGCGUUUUCACCCAGGAGUAGUUCGUUUAUUGAAAGGGUUCGGAGGAUAUCAGCGCCAGAGCAUAAACCGCGAUCUCGGUCACCUAUCAAGGACGAUGAUUCCUUAGACGCAACCUUUUCAAGCUGUAUUUCAAAGAAAACAAAGCCAAAAAGUUACGAUUCAACAAAGAAACAAUGUUGCACUGAUCUAAGAACUGGGGCAUUGUUUGACACUCGGAGAAAUAAAGUUAAUGAAAAGCUGUCAUUGGACCUCUCUCCGCACCUUGGUAAAUCUAGGAGCUUCGAAUCAGUAUUAAAUAGCAACCAAUGUAAGUUAGAUGAGUCAGAGUUCCCCGGGGAUCUUGUCGUCUCGCCUUGUAGAGGACAUUCAUAUGUUGAUAAAAUUGAACUUUCGCAGGGGCUUAGCAACUACAGCUACUCUGAAUCUGAUCUCACCUACAUUUCAUCAGAGACAGUUUUUCUGACUGAAAACCCCUCAUCUCGAGGACACAAUAAAUCACGCAUAACUGGAGCACAAGUGGAUCUCAAAAGAUAUCAAAGCAGAGAACAAAUUCCACAGACCAUGCUACCCUCACCAGACAGGGUUGACAAACAACUCAGCCAUUUGAAUAAAGAAGAACUUGACCAAGAGUUUUUCUGUUGAGUUAUAACGUCCGAAAGCGCCUCUGGAUUCUGAUAACAAUGGGGUGGCAAGUGACAUGUAAAAUGUCACCACCUGCUAGUCACAGUGGACGAAUAAUUGUGUUUGAGACAAAAACUAUUUAACUCUGAAAGUAUUUUUUCCAUAUUGCCUUAAGACAUCAGUUAGCCAUCAAACCUUUCCAAGCCAAUAUGGCCUUUUUAAGAUAUAAGUGAAUGAAGUCUAAUUUUCCUUCGCGUACAGUAUUUCCUAAUUUGAAGGAACACUAUACUUUGUAGAAUUUUAAGAAUUUUCUUUUGGUUUGUCUGUUUGUCUUCUGGUUUCGCCUUUCGUUUUCGGAAUAGAAACAUCCGUUCAUCAUAAGCAUAAUUAGACCUAUUAGUGAAUAAAAGACGGAUUUGUUAGCCAUAUAAUGUCCUCAAUGUCCUCGGUCAUAAAAUGUACGUUUAGUUAUUUCUAAUUUGAUUUUGUCGAUAAAAACUUUCUCGCUAAAUCUCGUGUCUUGAGCUUGAAUGUUACAACGUCUGAUGUUAAAAUGACUUAAAAAUAAAACGUGAACGAGCCCCUGGAGGCAUUAA